UAGGAGACCGGUGGUUUGCAUGGGUGUGGCCCGGGUGAUUCCCGGGAUUUUCCACCACCCCCUGCAUUAAUAUCCACCCCAUUUUCAAAUGAGAUUAAAUUGCUAUCCUUCUUCUUAAUUUUGGGUUCUUUAUUAAGCAGAACCUGCUUAAAUUGCAAUGCCGGGGUUAAAAAUACAUAGAGUUGAUGGAGAUUCUACUGUGAAAAAGAUGAACAUUUCUCGACGCAAACCGAAUUCACCUGCGACAAAAUCAUUCGGGGAAUCACCUCCUAAACAAAUAAAUUCUUUGCUCACAACCAAACAUGGUGGCAUGAACGUUUCAAUUGACGAACCGAAUGAGAAUCUCCGUAAAAUAAAGAGUUCUAAUGAUGGUUCAUCUUUGAACCAAAGUUCUGUAACUAAGAGUCAGAGAUCAAAUAUUGAUACAAGCUUUGCGGAGAAGGAUAAUAAGAUGAAGGAUACGUCGAAAGGAUCCACGAAAAAGGAUAAACCAUCUUCAGACACAGGCCGAAAGAGUAUACAAAGAUCAAGCUUAGGACUAGUUGGUGCCAAGAAACACGAAAAGUCGACAAAGAUCGAUGCAGAUGAAGCCAGAAACAAUUCUGUGGAAGCUGGGAUCAGUAACCCCGACCUCGGCCCUUUUCUCCUCAAGCAAGCGAGGGAUGCGAUGUCUUCGGGAGAACACCCUGAUAAGGUUCUUCAUAUCGCACUCCGGGCGGCCAAAUCCUUUGAGAAUAGCGCGGGGGGGCGACCCACAUUGGACUUGGUCCUAGCUCUUCAUCUUAUCGCGUCUUUACAUUGCAGUUCAAAGCAGUAUGAUGAAGCAAUUUCCAUGCUAAAGCAUUCGGUUAACAUCGUAGUCCCCGAACAAGGCCAUGACCAUUCGCUUGCGCAGUUUUCGGGGUAUAUGCAAUUGGGAGACAUAUACGCAAUCUUGGGUCAAAUCGAUUGCUCGCUGGAAUGUUACGUAAAAGGUUUGGAGGUACAGAAGAAGGCAUUGGGCCAAAAUGACCCGAGGGUCGGUGAGACGUGUCGGUAUUUAGCGGAAGCUUAUUUACAAGCAGUUCAAUUCGAAGAGGCCGAGAGAUUGUGCAAAAUGGCUCUUGACAUCCAUAAGCAGAAAGGUGAUUUGGCUUCCCUCGAGGAAGCCGCAGAUAGACGUCUUAUGGCUCUUAUAUGCGACACGAAAGGAGAUUACGAGACUGCACUCGAGCACUUAGUUCGAGCAAGCAUGGCGAUGAUGUCGAACGGCCAAGAAGCUGAGGUGGCGUCGGUCGAUUGCUGCAUCGGAGACACUUACUUAGCUUUGGGUCGAUACGACGAGGCCGUGUUUGCUUAUCACAAGGCGCUUAAUGUGUUCAAGUUCACCAAAGGGGAGAACCAUCAGUCAGUUGCUUCGGUUUUUGUCCGCCUCGCCGAUCUUUAUAACAGGAUCGGGAAAUUCGGUGAUUCGAGGAUCUACUGCGAACAUGCACUCCAAAUUUAUAAGAAGCCUCUUUCGGGGGCUUCUUUGGAGGAAAUCGCUAGUGGUUUCGCUGAUAUUGCUGCUAUUUAUGAAUCGAUGAAUGAGCUUGAACACGCGCUUAAGCUGCUUCAGAAAGCACUUAAGAUAUAUAAUGACGCAACUGGUCGACCAAGCACCAUUGCAGGAAUUGAGGCCCAAAUCGGAGUACUCUACUAUAUUAGCGGGAAUUAUUACGAGUCUUAUUCCUUCUUUAGGAAUGCUAUUGAGAAAUUUCGUGCUUGCGGGGAGAUAAAGCCGGGUUUCUUAGCUACGGCUCUGAACCAAAUGGGCUUAGCAUGCGUUCAUCUGAACAAGAUAAGCGAAGCAACUGAAUUGUUUAAGGAAGCCAAGAUUACUAUGGAAGAAGAGUAUGGACAGUACCAUCCAGAUACGCUCGGAGUUUGUAGCAAUCUAGCAGGAGCUUAUGACGCGAUGGGAAGGUUGAAUGAAGCCAUAGAGAUGUUGGAGUAUGUUGUUGGGAUAAGGGAAGAACUGUUGGGAACAGCAAAUCCUGAUGUGAUCACUGAGAAGAAGAGAUUGGCAGUGCUUCUGAAAGAAGCUGGAAGGGUCAGGCACAGGAAAACAAUGUCAUUGGAAGAUCUUCUCCAUUCCCACUCUCUUGUUACAGAGAAAAGUCUCACCGUGUCGAGAUCUUUAUAGUACCGCAUUCUUUUUUUCCCCUCAUGUUUUAAACAAUAAACUAUGGUUGGUUUGUAAUGAUUAUGAUUAUAUUUUUGAUGAUUUAUUCGAAUCAAACAGCUUUCGCAGUCGUGGUU